AUGUCGGACACAUCGCAUUUGAAGGACCGGCUGCCUCGUCUGGAGAAUGCCGUCCACGCCUUUAUGUCCAACCCUAUCCCGACGCCUUUGCGUCCUCUCACAAGCACUCGAACAAUCAUGUCUGAUACGGAAUGUCUGCUCAACCUGAGCAAGAGUCGACCGGCGCUCAUACAGCGCUACAAGAACGCUAUCCAAAAUACCUUCACUAGCGCCAACCUAUGGCAGGCACACAGCUUCCGACUCCUUCAAGCCGCUUCUGUCUACGUCACCUGCUUUCGCAAUCACACCGAAGUAUCGGCCUACAUCUAG